UCCUCCUCCGGGCGGUAGAGCGGGCUUGCAGCAGUUUACCCUGGCGCAACCCUCGCUCAGCCGGUGCCUGGGAAGUUUCAACCCCGGAGGUCGCUAGUAUUUCCGCGCGGGCGCCCGGCGUGCGAAACAAAAACUAGGAAAUGCCUCGUUCCACAAACAAAGAAAUGAUACUUGGCAUAAUGGUGGGAACUACUGGAAUCAGCUUGCUGCUUCUGUGGUACCACAAGGUUCGUAAACCAAGGACAGCAGUGGAUUUACCUAAAUUUCUUUCUCUGGGUAAUUCACUUGAUUUGAUGCCUUUGCAAGAUGAAAUGCCUAAUGGCCAAGGAACAACAGCGAUCUUUCAAGGAAGGCAACUUCAGAUAUUGGAGAAGUUAAAUGAAUUACUGACAAAUAUGGAAGAACUCAAAGAGGAAAUCAGAGUUCUUAAAGAAGCCAUUCCAAAGCUGGAGGAAUAUAUCCAAGGCGAACUUGGAGGGAAGAUAACUGUUCACAAGAUAAGUCCUCAGCACAGAGCUAGAAAAAGAAGGCUUGUCACAGUUCAAAGUUCAGCAACAAGUAAUAGUUCAGAGGAAGCGGAAAGUGAAGGAGGGUAUAUUACAGCUAAUACUGAUACCGAAGAACAGAGUUUUCCACUCCCUAAGGCAUUUAACACUCAUGUAGAGGAAUUAAAUUUAGAUGCCCUUAUUCAGAUGGCUGAUAAUUUACGUAUGAAUGAGUCCAGCAAAAUGGAGAGUUUUGAACUACUUUGUGACCACAAAGAAAAGUUUAGAGAUGAAAUAGAGUUUAUUUGGCGGUUUGCUCGUGCUUAUGGAGACAUGUACGAGCUAUCUACAAAUGCACAAGAAAAGAAGCAUUAUGCUAAUAUUGGAAAGACAUUAGGUGAAAAAGCUAUUACUAGAGCACCCAUGAAUGGACAUUGUCAUCUAUGGUAUGCGGUUUUGUGUGGCUAUGUAUCUGAGUUUGAGGGCUUACAAAACAAAAUUAACUAUGGAUAUCGCUUCAAGGAGCAUCUAGAUAAAGCAAUCGAAUUUUUACCUGAAGAACCCUUUUUGUAUUACCUCAAGGGAAGAUACUGUUACACUGUCUCAAAACUGAGCUGGAUUGAGAAAAAAAUGGCUGCUACUCUGUUUGGAAAAAUACCAUCCUCAACUGUACAAGAAGCUUUGCAAAAUUUCCUUAAGGUCGAAGAACUACACCCUGGGUUUUCUAAGUCCAAUUACAUGUUCUUGGCCAAGUGUUAUAUUGAUCUUGAACAAACAGAUACUGCUGUGAAGUUCUGUAAUAUGGCAGUGUUGCUUCCUUGUGUUACCAAAGAGGAUAAAGAUGCACAGAAAGAGGUGAAAAAAAUAAACACUUCCUUGAAGAGGUGAAUAAAAGAACUUGCUCUUCAACAAAUCAGAUGUGUUCUACUAAAAUUUAAACUAAUCAAAGUUGUGUUUUUUAUCAUCCUUUUUUCUUUUUUGAUGUAAGGGUAAUGUGCUCAGAUAUCAAGGCAAAACCACGUUUCUGCAGAAUGCAUUCCACUAGUAGCACUACAAAGCUAAUCAUGUCAUUUGGAGGAAUCUAUUUCCUAUAAUGUCACUACAAAAUGAUCUUUAAACAUGUAUGCUUUAUAUUUUUCCUAUUAAACUAUAG